AUGGUGGUAAGCAAGAGGAGCGUGUGGCUGAUCGGCAGCGGCAUGGCGUUCAUGACGGUGGGGGUGCUGAUGAACGCCAUGUGGCCGCAAAUAUUCCACGCGAAGAUACAACACAUGAUGGUCCUCAAGAACGGCUCCACAUCAUUCGACAUAUGGAAAGCUCUCCCCAUUCCUAUAUACAUGGAGUGCUUCUUGUUCAACAUAACCAAUGUGGACGACAUCCUGGCAGGGAAGAAUGUUACGAUAGAGGUGAAGGAAAUGGGCCCCUACGUGUUUCGAGAGAUUAAUCGGAAAGUGGACAUAACAUGGAACGACAAUGGUACUGUGACAUUCAGAAACCAGCGCUUCUGGUACUUCCAGCCGGAGCGGUCGAGUGGGAGCCUGUCUGAUAACAUCACUACUAUUAAUCCAAUCGUUGCGACAAUCGCCUACACAGUGCGCAACGACCGCAUGAUGCUGAAGUUCUUAGUGGACAUGGUGUUGCGCGUGUACCACACCAACAUGUUCGCCACGGCCAACGCGUCCGCGUGGCUUUUCGACGGCGUGCGAGACCCCAUUCUGGAGUUCGUGGGCAAGAUCCCCAGCUUGCCGUACACCAUACCGUUUGACAGAUUCGGGUGGUUCUACAAGAGAAAUGGCUCCAUAGAUGCCGAUGGACUCUUCAACAUCAACACGGGCAGCACCGACUUCAGGAAACUAGGUCAGAUGGAGCGAUGGCAGAACUCCAACAGCUCCGUCUUCAGGGAACAGUGUGGGCUGAUCCAGGGCUCGGCGGGAGAGCUGUGGAACCUACAGAAGGAUCAACAAGAGAUCACCAUAUUCGCUGCGGAUCUUUGCACGCACAUAACAUUACCGUUUUCGGGGAAAGUAGUGAAACAUGGCAUCGAAGGCGUUGAAUAUUCAGCCAAUGAUUCUCUGUUCGACAACGGUUAUAAAUAUCCAAAUCAGGCAUGCUACUGCGAUGAAGUGCGGGACAGAAACUGCAUGCCAGCUGGCUCGUUCAACGUGUCGGCAUGCAAGUACGGGGCCCCCGCCUUCGUGUCCCUGCCCCACAUGUUGGGCAUGGGCCCCUACUAUCCCAGCAAGAUUAAAGGCCUUAACCCCAUUCCGAAGCAUAACUUCAGGAUGUCAAUCGAGCCAGUGACCGGCAUGCCACUGGCGAUCUCCGCUCAGCUGCAGGCGAACGCACUCGUCAGGCAUAUACCUGGCAUAAGCCUGAAUAACCAGCUUCCGGAUCCGGACACUCUGCUGCCAAUGUUCUGGUUCCGCGAAGACAUCGAGGUGGACGGCGAGUACGUGGACUUCGCCAAGGCCGCGCUCGGUGUGCGCUUCGGGCUACCGUAUGGACUCUACGCUUUUAUUAUUAUAGGCAUCGCGCUGAUCGUGAGCGGAGUGUACAAAAUCCGUAGAUUCGCGAUGCCGCAAAUGAAGGAGACUGACAAUGAUGUGUCAAAGAAGUUUCUAAGCGACCAUGCCAGAUAA